AUGGCACCUCUCGAGAAUGGCCACGCCAAUGGCUUGAAUGGCGAGACUGCCACGACCACCACUCUCCGCUUCUCCGACAUCCCCGACGCCAUCGACAUCCCGGCCUCCAGUUUUGACAGCGAAGUCGAAGUCAGUCUCCUCGAUCUUCCGGAAGAUCCCACCGAACUGUGCACACUGCUUGAGAACGAGCGCGCUGCGAAGAAUUUCUGGGUCAUCAUUGCUCUGGCCUACGCCAAGCGAAAGCAACUCGACCAUGCGCUCGACAUCCUACAAAAGGGUCUCGCCUCCGUCGCCCACGGCGCGACCAAGGAGAAACUCGGACUUUUGGGAUGGAUUUGCUGGCUGCUCAUGCUGAAGAGUCGUCAGGCACCGCGUGUCGCGCCGGAAGGCGAAUUGUACACCGAAGCUAAGACGAAAGAUUUCUACCUGCAGCAGGCCACGUCGAUCCUCAAUGAGGCCUCUCGCUUGAACCCGGCAUACCCGCCUCUGUUCCUGGCGCGUGGUGUGCUGUGUCUACUCCGUGCAUCGCUGCAUCCGCCUCGCGCGGUGCGACCCGGUACGGUCGACACAUCUGACCGUGUGGAAUCGCUGCGGCAGGCGCUGAAAUGUUUCGAGGAGUCUUCCAAGGCUUUUGGCGGGCGUAACAUUAUGGCUAUUCUGGGUCGCGCCCGUGCGCUGUAUAUGCUGGGCCGGUAUGCGGAUGCUAUGGCGGAUUACCAGAAGGUCCUGAUGCAGGUACCGAAUCUGACGGAUCCCGAUCCGCGAAUUGGUUUGGGUUGUUGCUUGUGGCAGCUUGGUUUCAAGGAUCAAGCUAAGGUUGCGUGGGAACGUUCGCUGGCUCUGAACCCCGAUUCCAAGGUUGCCAAUGUCCUCCUCGCUGUGUACUACCUCUACGACAGCUCCCGUCGCUCGACCACCGACCCCAUGUUCGGGUCUUUGUACAAGAUGGCCAUGACACAAUACACACAAAAAGCGUUCAAGCUCGAUAAGGAAUACCCCAUGACCUGCGCCUUGUUCGGUGGCUACUUCCUCCUCCGCAAGGCAUACCCGACAGUCGAGACUCUGGCUCGCAAAGCGAUUGAGCAGACCGACGUCAUGCCUAUUGCUAGUGAUGGUUGGUACCUUCUUGGACGGAAAUCACACUACGAGGGCGAUGUCGCUCGCGCAACAGAGUUCUACAAUCGCUCUGACCAGGCUCGUGGUGGCGGUGACAAGGGCUAUCUCCCGGCCAAAUUCGGUGCCGUGCAGAUGCAGGUCACCAACAAGGACUUUGACGGUGCUAAGUUCCGACUGGAGAAGAUUGUACAGAGCUCCAAGAACGCCGAGGCUAUGAUCUUGCUGGGCGCUCUCCAUGCGGAGGAAGUGUUCGCUGCGCAACGCGCUGGCAGCAAGGAAGACAAGUCAAACGAGACGAAGCGGGCUAUCACGCUGCUCGAGUCCGUGCGCUCGAUGUGGAAGGACGAGAAGCAGAUGCUCACGCCGGAUGAAUCAGUGUUGGUCUAUCUGGCCCGGCUUUAUGAGAGCUCGGCACCAGAUAAGAGCAUGCAGUGCUUGACGCAAUUGGAGCAGUUGCAGAUUGCUAGCAUUCCCGAGAGUGAGCGGCCGGAUAUCGAGGAUGAUGACCAGUUGAAGGCUGCUCUGCGGGAGAGUUUGCCCCCGCAGCUUCUCAACAACAUGGGAUGCUUCCUGUACCAGAGUGAGAAGAUCGCCCUGGCUCGUGGCAUGUUCCAGUCUGCUUUGAAUGCAUGCGUUCAGUCCUCAGAGCGGGAAGAUGGUACCGAUAACGACGCCCUUGUCACCACGAUCAGCUAUAACUUGGGUCGCACAUACGAGGCUGCUGAUAUGUGGGAUGAAGCUAAGAAGGUCUACGAGGGUCUGCUCGAGCGCCACAGCGAUUACACCGAGGCUAGUGCCCGACUGACAUACAUUGCUCUGCGCCAAAGCCCUACAGACGAGGGUCCCAAGAAGAUUGCCAAGCUGUACGAAAACGAAUCCUCGAACCUGGAGGUCCGCUCUCUCUUCGGCUGGUACCUGAGCAAGUCGAAGAAGCGUGUAUCCAACAUCAACGAGGAUCCAGAACAGCGCCACUACAAGCAUACCCUGCAAUACCACGACAAGCACGAUAGGUACGCGCUUACAGGUAUGGGUAAUGUUCACCUCCUCGUGGCUCGUGAUAUGCGCCGCGACACCGACCAGGAGAAGGAGAAGCGCCGCAAGAUGUACCAGCGUGCGGUCGAGUUCUUCGACAAGGCUCUACAGCUGGAUCCCAAGAACGCCUACGCGGCCCAGGGUGUCGCCAUUGCCCUGAUCGACGACAAGAAAGAUCACAGCAGCGCGGUGCAGAUUCUCGCCCGUGUUCGCGACACCAUCAAGGACCCCAGCGUCUACCUAAACCUGGGCCACGUCUACGCCGAGCUGCGUCAAUACUCCCGCUCCAUUGAGCACUACGAAGCCGCACUGGCCAAGGACCGCGCCCGCGAUGUCCAAAUCCUCGCCUGUCUCGGCCGUGUCUGGCAACUCAAAGCCAAACAAGAAGGCAGCCUCCAAGCCAUGAAAACAGCCCUGGAAUACGCCCAACGCGCCCAGGCCGUCUCCCCAGAGGCCCUCCACCUCCAAUUCAACGUCUCCUUUGUGCAAAACCAAAUCGCCUCGCUAGCAUACAGUCUCGCCCCGACCCAAAAGACCCUCCAAGACGUCGAAGAAGCCGCCGAAGGUCUCAAAGAAGCCAUCGAUACCUUCGACCGUCUCUCCAAGGAAAAGAAUCCCCCCUACCCAGCCAGUGCCCUCGAACAGCGCGCCAACAUGGGCCGCACCAUCGCCAAACAGCUCGACCGUGCCCUGCAAAGCCAAAAGGAAUACGAAGAAAAGAACGCGACUAAACUCCGCGAAGCACGCGAGGCCCGCGCAGCAGCCAUCGCCGCCCGCGAAGAACAAGUCCGCAAAGCACAGGAAGUCGAAGCCGAGCGCAAGCGCAAAAUCGCCGCCGAACGAGCACAAAUGGUCGAAGAGGCACAGCGCAAUGCCGCACAGCGCGCUGAACGUGAACGUGCCCGUGAAGAAGCUGAGUUGACGGAGGGUAGUGACGGGGAGAGAGUCAAGCGGAAGAAGAAGCCCAGUAGCAAGCGCAAGAAGAAGGAUGAUUUUGUGGCAGCGGAUGAUGAGGAUGCGGGUGGCUUUGGUGGUAGUGAUGCUGGGGUUAGUGAGGGUGAGGCUGCGCCGAAGAAGAAGCGGAGAUUGGAGAGAAGGAGUGGUGGGAAGGCGCAGAGUAAGUUUAAGAGUUCGGAGGUUGUGGUUGAUUCGGAUGAGGAUGAUGAGGAGGGUGGUGCUGGUGCUGUGCCUGGAUCUCCGAAGGAUGGUGAUGAUGAUGAUCUUUUCGGGGAGGAUGAUGUACAGGAGGAGGAAGCUGCACCUCGAAGACGCGGGAAGGCUACUCGUCGGAUUGAAGAUGAUGAUGACGAGGAGGAGGAGGAAACCGUUGAAAAGGCUGUUUCUGCUUCCCCUGCUCCUGUUGCUGCCGCCGAGGGCGACGAUGAUGAGUUGUUUGGCGAUGAUAUGCAGGAGGAUUAA